AUGGCGGCGCGCUGGGUGACCCGCUGCUUGCGGGGCGGGCAGGAGAGGCGCCGGUUCAUCAGCACACCAGCUGUAUCACGCCUGACAUCAGAUGAAGUGAUUCAGAUGCGUAAUGAGCUCUUCACCAAGGAGAAAGAGAGGCAGUUGUCUCUUUAUCCACGAAUUGAGAAAAUCGAAGUAAAAUACAAAGGGAAAUCGCACCCUGGCAGUGUGUUUGUAAUGAACAAAGCUUUGUCUACUCCAUACAAUUGUGCCAUGCACUUAAGUGAAUGGCAUUGCAAGAAGUCUGUUCUAGCUCUUGUAGAUGGUGAAGUUUGGGAUAUGUACAGACCCUUAACUAAAUCAUGUGAAAUUCAGUUCCUUACUUUCAAAGAUGAAGAUCCAGAUGAAGUAAACAAGGCCUACUGGCGUUCCUGUGCCAUGAUCAUGGCAUGUGUCUUAAAGCGGGCGUUCAAGGAUGAAUACUCAGUGAGUCUGGUUAAAGCUCCAGAAGUGCCAGUGAUCUCUGGAGCUUUCUGUUAUGAUGUAAUUUUGGACAACAGACUGAAUGACUGGAAACCAACAAAUGACAACUUCCGUUCUCUUACAAAGGAUGCUGGAAAGCUAAUUCAUAAAGACUUGCCAUUUGAAACACUGCAUGUUGAAGCGAAAGUGGCACAUGAAAUGUUUCAGCAUAACAAAUACAAAAUGGAGAUGAUAGAAAGGAAAGCUUCUCAGAGUAAGGAUGGAACUGUAACAUUACACAGGUUUGGUGACUUUGUAGAUGUUACUGAAGGCCCUCAUAUUCCAAGGACAAGUUUCUGUUUCCAAUAUGAGAUAACAGCAGCCCAUAAUCUUCAGACUAACCAAUCCGAAUUGAUGAGAAGGUUCCAGGGUGUGUCCCUGCCAAUCCAUUUGAAGGCUCACCACACUGUGUGGCACAAACUGCUGGAAAGAUCCAAGAGGCUGGUCACCGAAGAAAAAUAUUUGGAAACAGCAGGACAUCAGGAGGCAAAAGGUGGAAGUGAAGAAGAAAAAACUAUCAGUAUAAAUUAACCU